AUGAUUGGGGGAAUUUUUCCUAUUUUGAAUAAACAAAUCAGCAGCAUGCCCACUUUUGAGAGAAAACCACUGAAUGUAAAAUGUGCAGGAUUUGAUUUGCGUGCUUUUCGGUGGACUCAAGUGAUGAUCUUUGCAAUCGAGGAAAUCAACAAUAGUCCAACAAUACUGCCUAACAUUUCUCUAGGCUAUAACAUCCUUAACUCAUGUGCCUCACCUACCAAUACACUACGUGCUGCGUUGACACUAGUGAGUAGGACAGAAAAGAAUGAAUCCACUUCUGCAUGUCGUCCGCCUCUGACUGCCCUGAUAGCAGAAUCAGGAUCAUCGCAGUCUUUAAUAUUGGCUGGGACCUUCGGGCCAUUUCAAGUUCCAAUAGUUAGUUACUUCUCAACGUGUGCCUGCCUGAGUAACAGAGCUAAAUAUCCAACCUUUUUCCGCACAAUCCCCAGUGAUUUCUUCCAAGCUAAAGCUUUGGCAGCGCUGGUCAAACGCUUCGGCUGGCAGUGGAUCGGGGCCAUUCAGUCCGACAAUGAUUAUGGGCGAAACGGGAUACUGGCCUUUAGGGAAGAGGUUGAAAAGAUGGGGGUUUGUAUUUCAUUCGUGGGAACGGUCCUGCGCACAUACAAAAGCGAUAAGAUCCUUGCUGUCGUCAAAAUGAUCAAACACUCAACUGUAAAAGUGAUCCUGGCUUUUGUUCCUGAGGGCGACCUUUACCCCCUGAUGAAAGAGAUUGUUAGGCAUAACAUCACCGGCAUUCAGUGGAUAGCGAGCGAGGCCUGGAUUACAGCGGCGCGUCCCUCCACACCUGAAAUGUAUCACUCUUUUGGCGGCUCGAUAGGAUUCGUGGUCCGAAAGAUGUCCAUUCCAAAGUUGGGACCUUUCCUAAUGGACCUUAGCCCUUACACAGGCCGAAGUUCUGCCUUUGUGAAUGAUUUCUGGGAGGUGGUGGUCAGUGAACGUCUACAGGGUAUUCAUUUUACCGACAUGUUUGGAGACACUGUGUUUUUCGACCAGAAUGGGGACCCCCCUGCGUCGUACGACAUUAUUAACUGGCAGAUGAGGGAAGGGAAGGUUCCAGAUUCAGUGUGCUCAAAUGUGUGUCCAGCGGGUACCAGGAAGGCUCAAAUUAAGGGACAGAGUAUCUGCUGUUUUGACUGCAUACCAUGUGCAGAAGGGGCCAUAGCUAAUUCAACAGGUGCAACUGACUGCACACCCUGUCUACGGGAAUACUGGUCCAAUGAGGGACGUGACGAGUGCCUUCUGAAAACCAUUGAGUACCUGUCCUAUCACGAGCCAAUGGGAAUAGCCUUGACAGUGGUGUCCCUGAUGGGGGCUGUUCUGUCUCUGUCAACUGUGUCCAUCUUCCUCUACCACAGAGAGACUCCUGUCAUAAAGGCCAGUAACUUUGACCUCAGCUGCCUCUUGUUGUUCUCACUCUUUCUUUGCUUCCUCUGCCCCCUCACCUUCAUCGGCAGGCCCACUGUUUGGACCUGCAUGUUGCGACACACGGCCUUCGGGGUAACCUUUGCCCUCUGCAUGUCCUGUGUUCUGGGGAAAACCAUUGUGGUAGUGAUGGCCUUCAAGGCCACGUUGCCUGGCAGUAUAGUGUCAGGGAAGUUUGGCCCUGCCCAGCAAAGACUAAUCGUUUGCUCAUGCACAUUGGUUCAGGUCGUUGUAUGCAUUUUAUGGCUGAGAUUCAACCCACCUUUUCCAGAUAUGGUGUUCAGGUAUAGCAAUACAAAGAUAGUGCUAGAAUGCAACCCCGGUUCUGAGACUGCAUACUAUGCUGUUUUAGGUUAUAUAGGAAUCCUUGCUGCAAUAUGUUUGGUUCUUGCAUUUCUGGCAAGGAAACUGCCUGAUAACUUCAAUGAGGCAAAGUUCAUCACCUUCAGCAUGUUGAUAUUCUGUGCCGUCUGGAUCACCUUCAUCCCUGCUUAUAUCAGCUCUCCAGGAAAGUUCACUGUAGCUGUAGAGAUCUUUGCUAUUUUGUCUUCUGCCUUUGGCUUGUUGAUCAGUAUUUUUGCACCUAAAUGUUACAUAAUAUUAAUUAAACCCGAGCAAAAUACAAAGAAACAUGUCAUAGGGAAAACUGUAAACAAUAAAGUCUGA